CGGCGAUGGAGGCGCAGGGCGGGGACGGCGCCGAGCGGCUCUCGACUCCCGCCAUGCCGGCCGAGCGGGCUCGCAUCUCGCUGCACAAUUUCCACGGCCGCCUGGCCGAGCAGCUGGUGCACUUCCACGCCAUGCGCCUGAAGGACUCGCUCUUCCUUUGGAUCGGGGACGCACCCCAGUUCGGCAACCUGGCCGUGGCCAUGUGCACCCCCCGCGACUCCAUUCCAGCAUCUACCUUACUCACUGGGGAUGCCUCUGACACCACCUCCAUUUCCUUAGCCCAAAGAUUAGAUGGAAACACUCCGCUGAAAGUAAAAGCCUUUGAGGGCACCUUUCAGCAUUACUUUCUGUAACUCCCCAAGCCCAGAUGCACCACAAACAUCUUGUGAGUACAGUUGCCUUGCCCCACCAAAAUGAAAGACAGCUAUUCUGACCAUUUAUCUUUUGCUUCUUCUCUCUUGGAGGAAGGGUUGAGGCACAGCUGUGAUGUAUCCUGGCAGUGCCUCACCUCUCCCCUCCCUGCCUCUGAAGCGGUUGCUGUGUCAGGCAACACAGAGAGAAACACACUGGCUGCGAGGAUGAAGGACAACUGCAGUUCACUUUCCAGUCCUGACCCCAGACACGUUUCUGAGGUCCGAGUUGGGAUUCCAGCCUAUUUCGUGGCUGACCAGACAGUGUCUAGCAGCCACGGGAUUGUGCUCAAAAACAUUUUUAAUGUUGAAGGAUUCCUAGAGUAUAAGAUUUAUCAUUUACCCGGAUGCCAAUAAGGUGUCCAUCCCACAGUUGCUAAGCAGUUCCUAUAAAGAUCCUGUGGACGGUGAAUUGGGAAUACGUAUUUCAUUACUUCAUUUGCUGUUUAACAUCCUGUGUGUCUUUCCUAGAAGGUUGA